AUUAGAAAGUUAGACAACCUAGAUUUCAACUUGCUUUUCCAAAACUUUAGAUGUAAAAUAUUUCAUAAAACUUUUAUAACUUCUAAGAGUUCCGAAAAUACAGUUCAACAUGGAACAUGUGGGAAAGAUCUUUAUGCCAGGCGAUGUUUUAUCCAAUUUACAGGCUUCACAGAAGUCAGGAAAGGUUGUGUUGGGACCAGGUUUGAAGUGCGAUAAUGAUUCAGUAUUUGUUAACAAGCCAGGAGUUCUCAAACAUAAGGAACCAAAUUUCUACUGGAUUGACAGCCAUCAAAAAAAGUAUGUGCCAACAAGAGGGGAACAUGUACUUGGGGUAGUGACCAAUCGCAUGGGAGAUGUUUAUCGUGUUGAUAUAAGAGGAAGUGAACCAGCCUCACUCUCAUUUCUCUCCUUCGAAGGGGCAACAAAAAGAAAUAGACCUGACAUCAAGAUAGGAGAUCUUGUAUAUGGUAAAUUGCUCUGUGCCAACAAAGAUAUUGAGCCUGAGAUGGUAUGCAUCGACAGCACAGGGAGGAGUAACGGAAUGGGCGUCAUAAGCUGCAAUGGUGGCUUCAUGUUUACAUGUUCGCUAAACCAUAUACGCAAGAUUCUGUCCCCACAGUUCAAUCUACUGAAGACACUAGGAAAUUCUUUGCCGUUUGAAGUAGCAGUCGGCAUGAAUGGUCGGAUAUGGGUGAAGGGAAGAUCUAUUAAAGAGACAAUAGCUAUUGUUAAUGGACUAAAUAGUGUGGAAUAUAUGGACACUAAUGAAAUUAAAGUAAUGUGUAGAAAAUUGUUAGACACUUUGGCAGGUUUCUGAUUUGUGGAAAUAUAUUUUUUUAAAUAAAUCUUU